CAAGGCCACAUUCCAUUCUCAUAAUUUGUGUAUCAACUCAAGUCUCGUUUCUGAGCUUAAGAUAACCCUGUUGUUGCCAUCGCAUAAUUAUUCUUGUUCUUAUUGUGUUCUCAAGUUGGAUCAUCGCAAAAGAAAAGAAAUGGGUGAAGGAAAACUGAAAACAUUCCGCGAUCCGAUCUCCACCAUAACCGGUCCGUAUUAUUCAUCUCUUGCUGCUUCAAGAAAUCGAUGGGCAGACAUGGAAGCAGAUGAUGAUGAUGCAAGUGAUUUAAUGUCAAGUACCUCUUCCUCAACGUUUGAUGAUGAGUCGAGUAAUACAUCUAAUGCAUCAUCAAGUUGUGAAGAAUUGGUAGAUGAUGCGUCUUCUUCUUCUUCUUCGAGUAGUACUAAUGGGCCAUUGUUUGAACUGUCUGAUCUAAUGGCUACUCUUCCUAUCAAGAGAGGACUAUCUAAACAUUUUCAAGGGAAAUCACAGUCGUUUACUUCAUUGUCUGAUGUGAGUUGUGUAGAAGAUCUUGUCAAGAAAGAAAAUGGUUAUGGUAGAAAGAAGAUGAUGAUCAAGACUUGUAAGAGUUAUGGAGGUGGGUUGGAUAUACAAAAGAAGGUCAUAUCAAAAAAGUCUUAUUCAGCUCCUAGAUUCAAGUCUGUUAUAGGUAGUCCAAGAAGACCUCCUCUAAUUCCUGCAAAAAGGAGUACUGUUUUUGCUAUUAGCCAUCUUGAUUGAUUUCAUGGUUCAUUAAUUUUUUGUAAGCAAAAAUUAUUAGAUGAGUUUUAACAAUAUCUGUUUAUGGGAGAAUUCCAUUUAUAUGAAGUUGUUUCAAUUUUUUUGAAA